AUGGCAUCAGAACAUAAGGAUUGUGAUGGACGAAUACGAUGUCCUUGUGUGAGAUGUAUAAAUAGUAGGUUUGAAAAAAUAGAUAGGGUUAGAGCACACGUAUUUGAUCGAGGUUUUAUGCAAGGAUAUGAGAAGUGGAUUUAUCACGGGGAGCCUGAGGAUGCCGUCGUUGAUGUAGCAGUUGCCGAUGUUGAAUCAGAGGAUGAAAUGAUUCCUAUUUUAGAAGACUUCUUUCCCUCGACAACUGAGGAACCACAAGGAGAAGAUGAACAACCAACCACAAACCCACAAUUUGAUGACUUAUUUGAGGAAAUUGAAGCUGAAUUGUAUCCCGGUUGUGAUUGGAUUUCAUCUCUUAACUUUUUAGCAAAGCUAUUGCAUUUAAAAGUUAGGGGAAAAAUUCCUAAUAACAUCUUUGAAGAAUUAUUAAAGCUUUUAAAGUUUGCGUUUCUGAAGGAAAAUAAUAUUCCAUCAACUUACUACGAGGCAAAAAAGAGAUUGAAGAAAUUAGGCUUGGGUUAUGAUAAUAUCGAUGUCUGUUUGUAUAAUUGUUGCUUAUUUUAUAAGGAGAAUGCAUCCAAGGAGGCUUGCCCAGUUUGCGGAACUAGUCGUUGGGUUACUUCCGAGAACGGGAAAGGAAAAAAAGUUCCUUGCAAAGUCAUGCGAUACUUUCCGUUGACACCUCGACUUAAAAGAUUAUAUAGUUCGAGGAUUACAGCGAAAAGCAUGAUACGGCAUCAUACUGGAAAAUCAAAAGAUGAUGGGGUGUUGCGACACCCGGUCGAUGGUUUAGCUUGGAAAGACUUUGAUGCAAAACAUCCCGAGUUUGCAAGGGACCCAAGAAAUCUUCGACUUGGGUUAGCACGAUGGAUUUAA